AUGCAAAGGCUAGGCGUGAUUGAGAUAUUGGAAAACACUCAGAAAGUGUGUAUGUCAUGGCGUCGCGUCUCUAAUGACCCUGCGAUGUGGCGGAAAAUUGUCAUGCAUAAGGUAGAAGGCUUGGGGUACGACCUUGAGAUCAUGUGCCGUCACGCGGUUGAUCGUAGCCAGGGACGGUUGGUUGAGAUUGAAAUUUGGGAUUUCGCCACUGACUCUCUCAUCAACUACAUCGCUGAUAGAUCAAGCAAACUUAGAAGCCUUAAACUAGCAAUGUGCCGUCAAAUAUCUGAGGAGGAACUUACCAAAGCACUUGUGAAGCUUCCUUUUCUUGAAGAGAUUGAGUUAUUAUAUGGCUCAUUCUCAGGAGAGUCUCUGAAAGUUGUAGGCCAUGCUUGUCCUAAUCUGAAGACAUUCAAGCUAAACGACCGAGGAUUCUAUCCUAGACUUGUUAGUGACGAUGAUGAGGCUCUAUCUAUCGCUGAAACAAUGCAUGACACUGGUUUAAACGCCAUUCUUGAUAAUUGUCCGAACCUAGAACAUCUUGAUUUACGUCAGUGUUUCAACGUUAACAUUGUGGGGGAUUUGGAGAAGCGGUGUUCCGAGAGGAUCAAAGUUUUGAGACACCCUGAUGACUCGACUCAUGAUUACCCAUAUGAUGCAACGGUUAUCGAUAUGCGUGAUUUUCAACUCACUGAUGGCGACAUGCUAGAUUUGCGUGACUUCGCAUAUGAACUUCUCAGAUAUGACAGUUACCUUUCUGACUACUAA